GAUCUUUCUCCUCGAUAUAAACCAUGAGUCUGCAGAGUCCUUCUCCGUCCCGCUGGUUCAAAUCGCUGCGCAGGACCAGGCUGGGGGAGCCCUGUGUGAAGGCAUACCCUCCCGAGUGUUUGAAUCUGUUGAGGAGAGCCAGGCUUGCCUUUCGGGCCGGGCGCACCCUGAAGGAGAGCUUCAGGCAGUUCCAGCUGGACGCUGUGGUGAGGAUGCUGGAGGAGCACGAGUGUGACUUUGUGGAUGCUCUUGGGAGGGACCUUCACAAGCCGCGGUUUGAAACGGUUGUGGCCGAGCUGACCCUGGUCAAGAACGAAGCUUUUCAUGCCAUCAAUAACCUGAAGAGAUGGAUGCAGCCGCAGCCUGCGGAGAGGAACCUGUCCACCACGCUGGACGAGUGUCUGGUGAUCAGUGAGCCUCUGGGGGUGGUGUUCAUCAGGGGAACCUGGUGCAGUCCCGUCCAAAUGUGUCUGGUGCCUCUGGUUGGGGCCAUUGCAGCAGGAAACUGUGCGAUCAUCAGCCCUUCUGACUGCACGACUCACACAGCAGAGCUUCUCCACCGUCUCGUUCCCUUCUACUUGGAUAAUGAAUGCUUCCAUGUGAUUCUUGCAGGCCUGAGUGACUUGCCUGAAAUCCUGGAUCUCAAAUUUGACCAUAUUUUCUUUACAGGAAGCCGAGAAGAUGGAAGCAAAGUUGCCCUGGCAGCAGCUCGCACUUUCACACCUGUCACCCUAAUUUUGGGAGGCAAGAAUCCAUGUUAUGUGGACCAGCACUGUGACAUUGCCACCACCGUGCAGCGCAUUGCUUGGGCGCGCUUCCACAACGCCGGACAGAGCUUAGUGGCUCCUGGCUACAUUUUAUGCCAUGUGGAUGUGAAAGCACGGCUGGUUCAGGCCCUGAAGUGCUGCCUGAUGCAGUUCUACGGUCCCGAUCCCCGAGAGUCCCGCAGUUUUGGCCGCAUGGUCAAUAUGGAAAUCUUCAACCGUAUGAGAGAUGUGUUGUGGAGAUCUGGUAAGGUGGCCGUCGGUGGGCAGGUGAUAGAGGCUGAGAAAUAUAUUGCACCAACAAUCUUGACAGAGGUGACGGAAUCAGACCCAAUCAUGCAACAAGAGGUGUUUGGCCCAGUUCUUCCUGUUCUGACCGUAGACGGUGUGGAUGAGGCGAUCACCUUCAUCAAUAAACAAGAGAAGCCCCUCUGUGUGUAUGCAUACUCCACCAACAGUAAGGUGAUUAGCAGACUCAUGAGUGAGACCUCUAGUGGGAGUUUCUGUUCCAAUGACUGUGCCCUGCAGAGUCUGAUGGUGGCUUUGCCUUUUGGUGGAGUGGGCGCCAGUGGAAUGGGUUCUUUUCACGGCCGCUACAGCUUCGAUACCUUCUCUCACAGAAAAUCAUGCCUGCUCAGAGGCACGCGGUUUGAGUGUGUCACCUUUCUGCGUUAUCCGCCCUAUGAGGACCGCAAUCUGUCUCUCAUGACAUGGGCCAGUACGUUGUCCCAGAGGAGCCAGGGCUGGUGCCAGAUCUUGUGAUUGUGUGCUGGAGUAAUACCAAAUGUCCCUGAAGUCAUGAACAGGCUUAACAAGCAAGUGUACUAGCUCAGUGUUAAAAUGUGAAUUAAUAAAAAUCCCUAAAAGCACUGUCACACCUGACAAAAUAUUUAUGUCUUUAUUAAAUAUGGAAAAACAUCUUGAAAACCAAUUAA